AUUUUGUUAUAUCGGUCAACAUGGCGGGUGUAACAGAGACAGCUCCUGAGAGUGUUGGGGAUACUGAACAAAAGCCUGUCCAAGUUAAAUGGUAUCGAUCAGUAUUUUAUAAUGCGACAAUUCUCGGACUCUGUAGUUUUGCUGCACCAGGACUAUGGGGAGCCAUGAACUCUCUUGGGGCUGGCGGUUCCCAAUCACCUUAUCUCGUCAAUACCGGAAAUGCACUUACGUUCUGUCUUAUGAUUGUGUCUUGUUGGUUGACCAGUGGUGUUGUGAAAUAUAUUGGCAUCACCGGUGCUCUCUUUGUCGGAACCAUUGGUUACGCCCCAUACAGUGCAGGACUCUAUCUUAACAACCGGUAUGGUGUAGAAUGGCUUGUCCUCGUUGGAGCGGCCUUCUGCGGCAUCUCAGCUGGAAUAUUUUGGGCUGCGGAAGCGGCGAUAGCGAUUGCUUAUCCCGAGGAGCGCAAUCGAGGGAGAAUGGUCGCUUACUGGCUGACAUGGACUCGAAUUGGACAGAUCUUAGGAGGAGCUAUAAACCUUGGGCUCAAUGCGGAUCGUAACCAAGCCGGAAAAGUCACUUAUACGGUAUAUAUCGUAUUCAUUGCUCUUCAGGCAAGCGGGACGCUGGUAGCUCUACUACUAAACCGGCCAUCCAAAGUCCAGCGACGGGAUGGUACUCCUGUCCAGCUUGUUAUUUACGACAAUCCUUGGCAAGAAAUCAAGGCCACGACGAAAACAUUUCUGACUAAGAAAUUUUUGUUACUCGUUUUGUGGAUAGGUCAGGGUGUCUACUCGGAAGCCGUCUUUUUCACCUAUAACGCCCUGUGGUUUAGCGUGCGCGCAAGAGCUCUUGGUUCGUUCCUUUCCGGAAUCGUGGCGGUCAUAUGUGGAAAUCUCCUUGGUCUAUGGUUAGACCAGCACCAGAUCUCUCUCAAGACAAGAUCGCGCCGUGCCUUUGCCGUUAUUAUGAUAUUGCAAGGUGCUUGGUGGUUGUGGCUUACUAUCAACGUUACCGAGUAUCGCCGAACUCAGCCUCUUUUUGAUUGGGCCGAUCCUGGGUUUGGGAGGGCGUUCGGUGUUUUUGUCUUCCUCGUCGCUGGUUUCCAGCUUAACUACAAUUUUUCAUACUUCAUCAUUGGUCAGAUAUCAUCCAAUCCGCAAGAAACGAUUCGCCUCGCUGCGUUACUCCGCGGAACAGAAUCGGCUUGGCAAGCUGUCAGUUAUGGGUUAAAUGCAAUUCCCAUCAUUGCAGCCGUUGGUGGCCCCUAUAUUAACUUUGGUCUAUGGGGCGCUGCCUUACUACCGGCUUGGCUGGUAAUCAAAGACUUUGGUGCGGAUGAAGACAAAUCAGACCUUGAGAGCCGCGUUGAAAUUCAAGGGAAGGAUCUACGGAAAGAUGAAAGUUCAAACUGACUCCAUUGGUAGCAUUACAUGCCUGGUACUUAGAUGAUACGUACUUGAAUACUUCGGGGUUCUCGAUACCAAUCAGGAACAGAAGCAGAAAUUUGCGAAUAGAACUUCGAUCAGGUAAAACCGUCCAUGCUUUACGAUAAUGCUUCUAUUAUAACAGAUAUAAAAAACAUUAGUAUGUUAGAGGUAGCUUAGAUAGACGGUUGUUUUGCCAAGCAGUCUAUGUUCAGUCUAUAACUAACUCUUCAUCAGGUGUCUUGGUAGUUUGUAGACCGGACAAGGAGAAUCUUGGAGACUGAUGUGAUCAUAGGCCUGCCUAACGCCAUCGAUGGACGCAACCUCGCGGUUAGCUAUCUAUCGACUUAUUGAUAGUCUCGACUUUGAUAGGCGGGGUGCGCUGCGCACGCCAUAUUAGUCUCCAACUCCACCCAGACGGCUGGCAUAUAUAUACUGAGGUACUUUAUAUAUAAGUACCAGUGGGUAGAAUAUGCUA